AUGAGCAGCGACAAGCGUCCUGAUAUUGUGGUAGCUGUCGAUUUCGGGACUACUUACACGGGAGUUGGAUGGGUUUGUCUACAGGCCAACAAUGCCAUCCAGACUCCUAUCCAGAUCAUCCAGAACUGGCCCGGUUGUUCGACGAGAAACGAGCAGAAGGUCCCCACCUGCCUCGUGUAUAACCCGGAUGGGUCACUGACAUCGUGGGGCUUCUUAUGCGAGGAAGAUGACGGGCCUGAGAAGCACAGAAAGGAUUUAUUCAAGAUAUUUCUUGACAGUAACAAGACGGAGGAUGUCUGCAGGCUAGACAUCCCCAGUGCCACCCCGGUUUCAAGAACGGAGGCCCAGUACUUGGCGACAACUUAUCUCCAGCAGAUAUAUAAUCACGUCAAGGAUACAGUGGAGAGCCGGACGGCAACAGUUUGGGCAGACCUGACUGUUGAGUACAUUUUCAGUGUUCCAACUACAUGGCGAAGCCAAGCGACUAUCAACAUCUUCAAGAAAGUCAUUGCCGCCGCCGGGUUUGGAAGGGAAAGUCCUUCGCAUACAGCUACAGUCGAGCUCACCGAGUCAGAGGCAGCUGCUGUAGGGACAAUCAAGAGUGGAGCUGUGCGAUUCCACAAAGACGACAUCUUCCUUUCCGUCGAUGCAGGCGGUGGCACAACUGACCUUGCACUGAUGAAGGUUGUCGAAGCUAGCGAGCCGUUUCCAACACUGUCACAGAUCACAGAAGUUGAUGGCAUUGGUAUCGGCUCGACUUUUAUCGACAGAGACUUUCUCGACCUUGCCAGCUCACGCAUUCGUCCCUUCCCUGAUUUGCUCCACCUGCUGCCUCCAGAUUGCAUUAAGCGCCUAGUUCAGACCGUGAGGUUCCAGACUGCGAAACAUAGGUUUGGCGAGCAUGCCUGGGAAACUCCAAAAUAUAAACUGCCUUUACAGGGUGUUCACUACAAAUUUAGCUCUCCAGAAGCUGGGAUUGAUUCAGGAGAAUUGAUUCUGAUGAGGGACGAGAUGCAGUCACUAUUUGAUCCUCAUGUUGAUAGGAUUAUCCACAAGAUAGGCAAGCAGCUUGACUGGGCCCGAAAAAACGGUCAUUCCCAACACAUAAAAUACAUGAUCCUCUCUGGUGGCUUAGGGAGCUCAUCAUAUUUGUUAGGGGACUCCUCCUGGAUGAGACUGCAGAAGCUUGAGAACGGAUCAACUCCCGUCCUUAUUCACCGGAAGGCAAGGGCAAGUUACGGGCUGGUGUGCAAUAUGAAGUUCAACCCGAUCAUCCAUAAAGGCGAGGUGCUCGAAAAGGAUCCACUUGAUGGGGAAAUAUACGCCACGCAGCAGAUAGAUUGGAUCAUUAGAAAGGGCGAUGUUAUAGAUCCAAGCAAACCGAUUUCACAUUCCUUCAAUUACAAAAUCGAUCCUGGAGAUGCGGUUCGCAAGUUCGAUGGUUUUUUCGUAAUCUCCCAUCUCGAGAAGGAUAAUCUGCCUAGGAGCGUUGCGCACCCCGGAUUCAUCCCGCUCUGCACGGUAAAGUCUGACCUGACCGGCAUCCGGAACAACGAGAUGGAGCGACAGAAGCUGUCACAAGGCCUUUUUUCUCGCAGCAAAAAGUACUACAACCUCAAUUUCGAUGUUAAAGUUACUGUCGGUCCGGCCGAUCUCCGGUUUGAGCUUUGGUUCCUGGGCAAGAAGUUCUCGCGGAGCCACGAUCCUAUUCAAGUUGCUUGGGACUAG